GUAUCUGCUCACUUUUAGCACCGUGGAAGAGACUUUUACUUUGCCUUGAAAAUAAGAAUUGUCUUUUAGGCAAUCAGGUGCAGGAGAUUACUCCUAGAAUAACAAUGAGGCAUUUUACAAAUCCAUGGAAUGUUAUUUUUAUUCUAAUUCACAAGUGACUAACUAAAAAGGGUCACUGCCUCCUACUUAGGAAGAGGACACAGUUAUUUUUAAACUGAACGGUUACACCCAAGUUGAGAUGGCAAGAUGAUUUUUAGCCUAUUCUUCCUUACAGGUUCACAUUUACAUCUGUGGCAUACAAAUCAGUAAUCUAAUCCGGGGUGUUUUUAUACACCUUGAUCCUUUUUCAGAGUUUGUGAUGGCUGAAUUGCAAUCACUAAGUAAAUCCUUACACAUUCCAUUAAAAAUAGUCAGCUAGAGUCCACUAGUGCCCUACUGAUAGGAGGGCAGUUGUAUAUAACUAACUCCUUAUUAGACAUCAGCACAUAUACACAAGAGACAGUGCCCACCUAAAUAUCCUUCCAUCCAGCAGCCAGUUUUCAAUAGCAGCUGGCUGCUUUUCCAGGUGCCUGGAAGUCUACCAGGCACCUGCUGCACAGGAGCACAUAACCUGAGCACUGAGAGAGUGAAUCUGAGUGCAUCCAGAGUGCACUGGAGGGACUGAUUUGCUGCCCAUUCAAUCUGCAGUUGCUCUUUGCCUGUGGAGACACACAGAGAUGCAAUCUAUGUGCCCAGAGCUGGAGCCUACACCAGUAGGCAAUUUCCUGAAAGCUUUGAGAAUCCUGAAGAAGCGCCUGGUCUGUGAACAUGCAGGUGGGAGGGAGUGGAAGGAGAAAAUUAAUUUAUCUGCAGAAGAGGGGAAGGAUGAUGACGACCAAUAGUAGAGGUUUCAAAUUAGUAUGCACUGACAAAUCUGUAAUGAAUUCAGUAGUUUAAAAAAUGAGACUUUCCAUUUGAUUUAUGCAAUGCUGAAAGGGCUGUCUGUAAGGUAAGUCACAGCUGAAGCGAUACAGAUACUACAGAUGAAAGAUGAAGGAAAUCAGAGCUCUUUAAGGGAAGCAAGCACUGUAAAUAAGAACAGCUCAAGAGCCAUGCAGCCUGUGCAGUCAGAAGAAGAAGGAACAAACUACUGCUCUGGAGUCCAGGACUGUGGCUGAUAAGGAAGUCUGUGAGGGGGAUGGGAGCAUCAAUUCAAGUUUCAAAUUACAGAAGAAUAUGUGACACUCUGGAAAACUGUUCUCUAAGUUUCUAAUAUUCUCUAAGUUUCUAACACAUUCAUCGAGUUGGGUGUGGAGAGUCCAUGUCUAGGGGAACUGAAAGGACUGCAGGGCAGGAGGGGUGCACUGGCAGGGCAGCAAAGAGCCUGGAACUGAUACAGAACAACCAACUACAGUUCAGAAAGGAUAUAGUAGUUUUAAGUGUUUCUCCCUGUAUGUUUUCAUAUAACUCUCAACAGAAAACAACAACAAUAAAUGAACAAGUAAAGUAAAAAACUCCAAGCCUCAGGAAAGUUGAACUUGCCCUGACAAGCAGUUUAUACAAAAUAUUUUGAGUAUAGAUAAAGAAUGUGACACCCGAAUUCACUGUUCUCUAACUUCUUCUGAGCUGGUACAAUCUCAAAUCUCUGCAAGCUAUCAAUAUCCUAUGCUAAAAAAUAAAAAGUUCUAUAUCUUGAAAACUACAUUCCCUCCCCCCAAAAGAAAAAAAAGCAAAACCUGAACCUCGUUUGCUUUCAUGGGCAAAUGCAAAAGCGAGAUAGAAUCAGUAAAAUUAAACCUGAUUUUUAAAAAAAGCUGCAAGUGUUUAUUCUGAAGACGAGGUUUCAACUAAUCAGAGACUCUUGGUGCUUAUUUGUUGCCUAAGCGGUUGGUUUAAAGUAUAUAAAUUAUCUCCCCACAAAACCACUAUUCUCCUCCUCCCUCCCUCCUCUCCUCCCCCCUCACUCGAUAAAAUGUUUUUAAAGACCUUGACGGGAAGGGCCGGGGAGCUCAGAGCCUCCCUCAGAGCAGGGAUGAGAACAGCCUGGCCAGAAAUGGAACUCAACCAGCUCUCAUCUGUGUCUACAGUCACCCCCAGCUAUGAGUACUACUACGAGGACAGCUGCCAGUAUCAGCACCUGCAACAUUUGUCUACUUUCCUCCCUAUCCUGUACACUGCUGUGUUCCUGGUGGGCAUUGUUGGCAACGCAGUCCUGAUCAUAGCCUUGGUCUUCAAGCGACAGGUCCAGAGGCUGAUUGACGUCUUUAUCAUCAACCUCGCUGCAUCUGACUUCAUUUUCCUCAUCACGCUGCCAUUCUGGGUGGACGAGGAGGUGUUGGAUGGGAGCUGGAGGGUAGGAUCUUUCCUCUGUAAAGCUAGUUCCUAUGUCAUCUCAGUCAACAUGUACUGCAGCAUCCUCCUCCUCACUUGUAUGAGUGCUGACCGAUACCUGGCUAUCAUGCACCCCUCUAUUGCUAGACGGAUCAGAACAAGAUCCUAUUCCAGAGCACUCUGCAUCUGUGUCUGGUUGUUAUCCUGCUGCUUGGGGAUGCCAACCCUUUUGUCUAGAGAACUGAAGAAGCAAUAUGGAAAGACUUACUGCACAGACAAAGCCAUGACAGAAGCCAAACAGAUUGCGUCGCUGAUGCUUUUAAUCCUGGCCUUCUUCUUCCCACUGUUGAGUAUCUUAACCUUUUACUGCUCUAUCACCAAGAGACUCUGUGUGCAUUAUCAGAAGACUGGGAAACAUGAUAAGAAAUUGAGAAAAUCCAUCAAGAUCGUCUUCAUUGUGGUGGCGGCUUUUGUUGUCUCCUGGGUUCCCUUCAAUCUGUUCAAGCUUAUGGCCAUUCUUUUGGGACUCCUGAAGCAGUCUGACUGUUUUUCCAACAUGGUUGCCCAACUGGGCAUGAAGGUGAGCAACCCUUUUGCUUUUGCCAAUAGCUGUGCCAACCCUUUGAUUUAUUAUUGCUUCGACAGCUAUAUCCGCAGAGCCAUGCUCCAGUGCCUGUGCCCACGGGUGAAUAUCAGCAGCAGCAGCAAUAACUCUGAUACUCUGGACACUCGCCUCAGUCAUUCCUUAUCCAAUUUUGGGGCGGGGGAGUAUGCUCCUAGGAAGAGGAAGCGCUCUGUGUCCCUGUGACUGGGAGCUGGGACUUCUCUCUCCAAAGAUAGCAGGAAAAGAAAAAGAGAAAUGAGCAACACAGACAGAGGUGCAAGUGUAAUGCAGUCAGCGCUUUGGGUGGAAGGACUUACCCUGGAACCCCAGCACAAAUGCUACAAACAACAGAAGAGAAUCGUGUGAUUCAAUCAAAGCCACUCCAAGAAAAGCUCUGAACUUAAAUGUAUAUAGGUUUUUAUUCUGUGCAACAAAACUAACACAAGUGUUUCUUUUUGGUUCCUAGCAUACCCACAAACGUGUCACAAUGUUCUCAAACUAACCUAAUCAAUUCUGGUUUUUUGGAGUUUUUCUGAAUUUAGAAAUUCAAUGUUUUAAUGAGUUUGUGUGUUACCAGUUCUUGUGAUUUAAGUCCUGUGCAUCUUAAGUCUCUGCUUCUUAUUAUGGCAUUAAAUCUUUAGUUUUAAUAAAAAUGAGUAAAGUGUCUACCCCCUGUGAUUUUAGUAAGAAAGAAGAUAACUCGAAGGCGGAGAAACCAGAAGACAAGCAAAAGAGGUCCUGCAUUUAACCUUUUUCUUAAACGAAAAAGACCAUUAAAAGCACACUUGUGCUUUUUAAGACUUUUUUGAGGACCUGACACAAUUUCUGACUGCUUGGGUCAGAAGUAACGAAUCAGUCCCUCCUACUAAGGAAAAGGAUACGGUGAGUUGCAGGGUGAAUGGUUACACUCAUGCAAACCUACUAAAAGGCUUCAAAGGAAAGACAGCUAUACCAGCUAAUGUAAUUAAUGAAAAACAAAGAAAUGGGUAAAGCCUGAAGUCCUGACUACUGUCUGGACAGAAAAAAAAAAAUAAAAUUGGAGUCUGAAUGACAGAAGGGGUCUCCCUGUGAUGUAACUACAGCAUGAAUACCAUUCACCAUAGCUUUUAUUUUCACACCUCUGUAUUUUC